GCUAGCAAGGAUUGACCUGCAUAUGUAAAAUAACAUGAGUGGUGGAAGAACUAAGGCUCGGGACAAUGUUAAGGGUAUACGUGCAUGUGUGACGUCGGUAGUUAAAAUCUGGGGUAAUUUUUCUGUUCCUGGAAGAGGAGAAUCGGUCGAUGUCUAUAUCUAUCGACGCAUUUACCAAUUGAAAUGCUACUCAAAUCAAUAUGCGUGUUUCAAUUAUCUCUUCUUCCUGCGUAGCUUUUCUCUGGCUCGUUAAGGUUGGCGCACUGAUACACAGACAAGAAAUCGUCCAAGCCUACAAUGUUUACCGUAACGCUAGUUCCGCAGCCACACCUCUACAAGUUGGCAAUGGCAACUUUGCUUUCGGUGUCGAUGUGACGGGGCUCCAGACCUUCCAUUCUUUUGCAACCAUGUCGACGUGGGGUUGGCAUAACUUCAGCUUGCCAACAACUCCAAAUCAAACAUCUGUGGAAGACUUUACUGGUUUAGACUGGUGGACACAUGGACGGCUUGUGAACUACGACCAGCCCAAUCCAGCUGAGGCUGAUAUAUCGAACUGGCUAAUUCAGAAUCCUCAACGGUUGAAUUUAGGUAAUAUUGGGUUUUGGUUUGCGAACUCGAAUGUUACGGAAGGCGACUUGGAGAAGAAAAAUCAGGUUCUUGAUUUAUGGAACGGUGUAAUCACUUCAACGUUUGUCUACAAUGGCAGCCAAGUCCGUGUUGAGGUAUCAGCAGCGUCAGAAUCUGAUGCCGUCAUGAUUAAUGUGGAGUCCGAACUGCUUAGUAUCGGCUCUUUAGGUUUGUUUUUUGAUUUCCCAUAUUCAGAUGUGAACAAAUUCGAUGCACCAUUUGUCGGCGUGUGGAAUGCUAGUAGUAAGCACUCUACUUUGCUUGAUGUUACAGACAACGAGGCUGUGAUACAGCAUACUCUAGAUGACACUAGCUACUGUUUCACCGCGAGAUGGGAAGGCAAAGGUCAGGUGUCGGGUCCCAAGGAGGGUACGCAUAGAUACUUUCUCAAAACUCCGGGCUCCAGCAAUUUGAAAAUGACAGGGUUGUUCUCGAAUGACGCGAGUUGUAGUAAAGCUGGAAACACGAGUGCACCAUCGGUGGCUGAUCUUGCCGAUAGCUCUAAGAUGUGGUGGCAGACUUAUUGGGAAUCGGGGGCAUUCAUUGACUUGAGUUCUGUUGAUUCCACAAAUGCCACUGAGCUCCAGCGACGAAUUAUUCUAUCUCAAUACCUAUUAGCAGUCAAUUCAGCAUCAGAAUUUCCACCUCAAGAAUCUGGUCUCGUAAACAAUGGGUGGUAUGGAAAAUUUCACCUUGAGAUGGUAUUCUGGCAUCUUAUCCAUUUUUCUCGAUGGAAUCAUUUCGACCUUGUUUGGCGAAGCAUGCCAGGAAUGUACGAGCAGUUCCUUGAAUCUUCACUCGAUAGGGCCAGACUUCAAGGAUAUGAGGGCGCCCGCUGGGGGAAAAUGACCGACCCGACCGGCCGUAGCGCUCCUGGGGGCAUCAACUCUCUUUUGAUCUGGCAGCAACCGCAUCCAAUGUACUUCGCCGAGAUCGAAUACCGAUCAUUCCCUAAUGAGACGACACUUGAAAGAUGGGAUGAGGUAUUGACAGCCACAGCAGACUUCAUGGCAUCAUUCGCGUGGUAUAAUACCACUACUAGAGUGUAUGAUUUGGGCCCACCAAUGUAUCCCGUCUCUGAGAACACGAGCCCAAAUGCGACAAUCAACCCAACCUUUGAGCUGGCGUACUGGAGAUUUGGUCUUGAUGUGGCUAUAAGCUGGAAAGAGCGUCAGGGAAAGUCUAUCCCUGAGGAUUGGAAGAACGUGCGGGAAAAUCUUGCUCCCCUGCCUAUCGUUAACGACACAUAUCCCGUUUACGAGGGCAUUCCCAACAUGUGGACAGACAGCAAAACAACAACUGAUCAUCCAGCAAUGGCCGGUAUAUAUGGAUGGCUCCCACCCCCUAGCUCCCCUCCCCUCAACAUAACCAUCGUUAAUAACACUGCCUCCAAAAUCCACUCUCUUUGGGAUUUAGAAGAUUCAUAUGGUUGGGACUUUGCUCUCCUGGCCAUGAAUUCUCUUCGUCUAGGCGAUACAGACCAAGCAAUAGAGUACCUGUUACAUCCGAUCUUUCAGUUCGAUGAUGCGGGAUAUCCCGUAGGUGGAUCACGCGUGCCGACUCCAUACUUCCCAAACUCGGGGGGAUUGAUGCUUGCAUUGGCAAUGAUGGCAGGGGGCUGGGACGGUGAGCCCGGAAUGCAUUUCCCCAAGGGUUGGAAUGUUAAGGUGGAGGGAUUUGUGCCGGGCUUGUAGGAAAGUGAGCAAAGGUGGAAGUAAGUGUUAAGAACACCAGGGAUAGUGUAGACUAUGUUGGGCAGUACAAAAACUAUUCCUCAAUAAUAUCAUCCAUUUAGAGAAAUCUGCAUAAUAUGAGAAGCAAAGAUUAGCUCGUCCGCCUUUGGCUCUCUCGCUCUCUCAUGGUAUAUUAUUUUUGGCGAUUGAAGGUACCCAGACACGGCACAGCUGUCCGAGGAGCCAAGAGAGACUUCGUUAUGCCAUUAAAGGGAAGGCGAUCAGUAAGCGAAGGAAAGCUUUAUGAGAAUCAAAAAGUUGAGGUUUGUCAAUUACUGUCCCAAAAAGACGCCAUAAAGGAUAGUUGACGAAAGCUUCUCAAUAGAUUAGGUUUACUGUAAUGCAGUAGUUUGAAACUUACUUUGUCUGUUAAGCCACUGCCACAAGCCCCACAAAUGAUCAAUCAUCCACUUCCA